CAUACGAUGUGUGAAGAUAACGAGUGAAAUCAUGGCUAGUUAUGUGGGGAUAGGAUGCAUGUCUGGGUCCUCCAUGGAUGGAUUGGACAUUUGUUGUGUGGAGUUUACGGGGGAUCGAGACACUGACGUUUGGGGCUAUCGUAUCGUGAAGGCGGACACUUUGCCGUAUGACCGAGAAUGGACUUCACGACUCGCCGGUGCGCGAGAUCUGAAUGGCGAGGCAUUGAUACGACUUCAUGUUGAAUAUGGGCACCUACUCGGGAAAUCUAUCAAGAAAUACAUUGAUGAAAACGAUCUUGAUGUGGAGUUUGUUUCUUCUCAUGGACAUACAAUUUUUCACAAUCCGGCACAGAAUUACACAUUUCAGCUAGGAGACGGGGAAACAGUGUCUCGGUAUUUAGAUUGUCCGUUUGUCUGUAACUUCAGGAACAAGGACGUGGCGUUUGGCGGUCAGGGGGCGCCUUUUGUACCGUGUGGAGAGAAAUAUCUUUUCCAGGCCUAUGAUAUCUGUAUAAAUCUUGGUGGAAUUGCGAACAUUGGCGUACAUGGCAGUAAAGGUUAUGAUAUUUCACCCUGCAACUAUGUGUUGAAUAAAUUAGCAAGUGAUUAUGAUCCUUCCUUGACUUUUGACCCAGAUGGAAGGAUUGCAAGUCAAGGUCAAGUGCUGAAAAACGUGUUGGAGAAAUUGGAUUCACUGCCGUUUUAUUUGCAACCACCUCCAAAGUCACUUGGCGCGGAAUGGAUAGAAGAAAAUGUCCUUCCCAUUUUAGAUACGAUGACCUACAAAAUUCCAGACCUGAUGAGAACAUUUGUGGAACACGUGGCUUGUAAACUGGUGGAGGCAUGCCAAUCAGCGCAGCUUAUGCCGAACAAGCAACCUUCGGCCAAAAAGAUGACGGUCUUACUGACGGGAGGUGGCGCCUUCAACAAAACUCUGGUGAAGAUUUUCAGAGGAAAGCUAGAGAAACUCAAAAUGCACCUGAAUUCAUCUGAUAAAGACACAAUCUGUUUUAAAGAAGCGCUGGUGUUUGCCUUUUUAGGACUGAGGUGUAUAUUUGGUGAACCUAACGUGUUUAAGGAGGUGACAGGUGGGGAAUCGGACUCUGUGUCGGGCAGUAUACACCUCCCGGUAUCCACAUCUAACGAUUAUUGCCUUACGUAUUUCCAAAAGAAAAAGACAAUCAUUUAAUACUAGAUCAACUAUAAUGUUGAUCUACAGUGACUAAUUGUUACGAUUUCCCUAACGUCUGUACUUUCUACAGGCACCAGAGACUCCACAUUAAAAGCAAAAUUUGGUCAACUGUGGAUGUCGAACAUUGAUUUGAAAGAGUAAUAAAAAUGAUCUAGUGAA